CGCCCAGCCUGGUUUUGCGCGCUCACAGCGUCGGGUGCAGAGCAUAGGAGUCUACGGUUUCAGUGCGAUGGUCUCUUUUAUAGGACAUGUUCAUCGACGAAUCCCUGACUUUUUACACAUUUUUACUCAAGCAGUGUGAACUGGGCUUCGUAGUGCGAUGCUGAAAAAUCAAAGUCAUUGCUUUCGAAACCCUCAACAGUGGUGAAUUGCGCGGCACACUGCGACUCGGAGAAGAUAGAGGAGACGCGUGGUGGUUUGUCCUACGGUUACAGUCGACUGCUUCAGUAAGGCAGUAUGAUGGAGGCUGGCUGUGGGGUUGCCGCGGUGAUCGGGAAUGCUGGCUCAGGACAUCAGGGAGAACCAGGAAGUGGUGACGUCCUUGAGGGGGCCAUGUGUAUUACACCAGAUAAAGAAGAGACCCAGCCUGAUCCACACAAGAGCACUACUCCAACAGAGAAAUCUCCAAAAGAGAGCACAACUGACAUGGUACAGAGUGAUGAGGUCACAGAGCUUCCUGUUGAGCCUGAGCCCACCCUGCGUUCCUGCGUCAGCACAGCCAGCAUGAAGGUCAAAAACAUGAAGAAGCUGACGUUCCCCAGAGGUCAUUUUCCCAGGCUGGCUGAAUGUGCCCACUUCCACUAUGAGACCGUUGACUUUGGCACUGUGCAGCUGUCCUUUGCAGAGGAGCAGGCUGAGGGGAAGAAGGCUGGUCUGGACUCCAAGGAGCCACUCUUCGUGGUUCAGAUCUGCUGCCAGAGUCUGAGCUGGCUGGUGAAGCGCUCCUAUGAAGACUUCCGUGUGCUGGACAAACACCUCCACCUUUGUAUCUAUGACAGACGCUUUUCUAAACUAACUGAGCUGCCCCGCAUUGACUCUCUGAAGGACACAGUAGAGGUAGAGGAAAUAACCAAGAUGUUGGCGGCCUACCUGUCCCGUCUCUCAGCCAUCGCUGACAACAAGAUCAACUGUGGUCCAGUGCUGACAUGGAUGGAGAUUGAUAACAAGGGCAACCACAUGCUGGUAGCUGAGGAGUCCUCCAUCAAUGUUCCUGCCAUCGCCGCGGCCCACGUCAUCAAACGCUACAUUGCCCAGGCCACAGACGAGCUGACCUUUGAGGUAGGGGACAUUGUGUCAGUUAUUGACAUGCCCCCUAAAGAGGACACUGGCUGGUGGAGAGGGAAACAUGGUUUUCAGGUAGGCUUCUUCCCCUGUGACUGUGUGGAGCUGAUCAGUGACAGGGUUCCCCCCUGUGUGUCCAGCUCUGUGCCAAAACCAGAUUCAUUCAGAUUUGGUCCCUCAGUCUGUAAGAAGCACGGAAAGCUGGUUACAUUCCUGAGGAGCUUCAUGAAGUCCCGUCCACCUCCCCAGAGGCUGAGGCAGCGUGGGAUCCUCAGGGAGAGGGUGUUUGGCUGUGACCUGGGGGAGCACCUCCUCAACUCAGGACACGAUGUCCCCCAGGUGAUCAAAUGCUGUACUGAGUUCAUUGAGAGACAUGGUGUCGUGGAUGGGAUGUACAGACUCUCUGGGAUCUCCUCCAACAUCCAGAAACUGAGACAUGAGUUUGACUCGGAGCAGAUACCAGACCUCAGUAGAGAUGUCUUCAAGCAGGAUAUCCACUCCGUAGGGUCUCUGUGUAAACUGUACUUCAGAGAGCUGCCCAACCCUCUGCUCACCUACCAGCUCUAUGAGAGAUUCUCAGAGGCUGUGUCUGCAGCUACUGAUGAGGAGAGGCUGGUGAAGAUCCACAACGUCAUCCAGCAGCUUCCUCCUCCUCACUACAGGACUCUGGAAUUCCUCAUGAGACAUUUGUCCCAACUAGCCACCUUCAGCCCUAUUACCAACAUGCACACCAAGAACCUGGCCAUCGUCUGGGCUCCCAACCUGCUUAGAUCCAAGCAGAUUGAGUCGGCCUGUUUUAGUGGAACAGCAGCCUUCAUGGAGGUGCGUAUCCAGUCAGUGGUGGUGGAGUUCAUACUGAACAACACAGAGGCACUCUUCAGCUCCAAACUCAACGCCCUCAUCCGGGAGAGCACAGGUACCAGUACCCUAUCCAGGCCCAAGUCUCUGCUGGUGUGCUCUCCCUCCACUAAGCUCCUAUCUCUGGAGGAAGCCCAGGCCCGUACCCAGGCCCAGCUGGGCUCCCCUGUUACUACUCCAAUUCUGUCCCACAGCGAGUACAUCGAGGUGGGGGAGGGACCCGGGGCACUGAUGGGCAAGUUCCACACAGUCAUUGAGCUCCCCACUGAGAGUAAGAGGGCUCCUGGGAAGGUGAAGAAGUCCCCAGUGGGAAGCUGGCGUUCAUUCUUCCACCUGGGCAAGUCCUCUUCCAUGACUUCCAAACGCAAGCUGAAGCGUCACCCCAGCGAACCCAAUGAGAUAAAGAGCAUCGCGCUGCCAGGUGGAAGAGGUGAUAGUGGGACACUGCGCUCCACCAAAAGUGAAGAAUCUCUCACCUCUUUGCACAAUGUGGAAGGGGAGCCCCAGAUGUACCGCCCCCCUAGACCACGCUCUACCAGCGAUGCCCUCUCCACCGCAUUCAGGGAUGACCUGUGUGAUGCCAGGGACAAAGGCGACCGCUACCACAAACAGGCCAAGGAUGGCCAUAAUGGUGCUGAUGGUCCUGUCUAUGACCCAGCUGGUGUGUCCUCUCCACAUCAGGAGGAUGACCUUGACCUCUGUCUUCCAGCCCCUGGCAUGGCCUUUCUGGACUUUGACCCCAUGUCCUUCCAGUGCAGCCCACUGAGCCCACCAACAGCUAAAUCCGCUCCUCAACGCAAAGCAAGCGUCAACUGGAGGAAGAAUGUCAGGGGUUCCAGUGAAUCAGAGCCCAUCUCUUCAUCCCUCAAAGUCCUCAGUAACUCCCAGUCCCCUGACGUCACCCCAGUCCAUAGGAAAAGAGGGGAGAAAAAGAAAGUGGCUCAGGUCGUCUCCCCCAAACUCAGACGGAGGUCCUCUACGUCCCCCCCUGUGGUUGAAACAGAUGUGCACACUGUGUGUAUCUCUGCCCCACGCUGUGUCUCAGACACCCAGGGUGGUGAGUCCUCCUCCCCUCCACCUCUGGAUCCGUGUGAGGCCCAACUAGUGAGUGGGGAGGGGAGUGAGGCCAGCGCUCCCUGCCGGCUCCCCAGCCCUCCAAGCUUCACAUCAACUUUCACAGACAGCCUGGCUUCACAAAACCCUCAGGAUCCAGCGUUGUUUGUCCUGUCAUACUGUAGCAGCAUUGUUUGUCUUAUGCCUCCCCAGGAACAGAUAGGCUUGUGAAUUCAGUGUCUGUCCUCCCUCCUCACCCUCCGUUGACGAUGGCUGCCCGCAGGCUGGCCCUGGCCCUGGCUGAGUCUGCCCAGAAGGCCACUCUGACCUCCCAGAGGAGGAGCACCCAGCCCCCCUACCCUCUCCAGAGACAGGACACCCCCCAUCCCCUGGACAGACCCCCACGGCCCUCUGUUCUCCACCUCCAACCCUGCUCUAAGGAUUACUGCGACCUCAAGGUCUCUUCUCCAUCCCCCCUCUUACCCUUGGCUGGUACAUCAGUUGAGAGUCCUUGUGGCCGUUUCCCUAGCCAUGCGAGAAAACAGGCCCCUGAGGGACAAGUGGCUAUGAGUAACUUCACUCCCACUGUCAGUCCCUUAGAAGCUGGAGCUCUACUGCAAGGCAGCACAGAGGUGAGGGACCAGAGAGGAGGGAGAGACAGGCCCCUGGGAGCUGUGAGACCUGUUCACCCUCAGACGGUUUCCUCCUUGUAUCUCAGUGGUAGGGUCUCCCCUCCCUUUCAAUCAGUCUGCUCCAUUCAGAGCCCGUUAGCCGCCGCUGUCCUCGCUAACACUGACUCUGUCAAUGCCUAUAACUAUCGGACUGUUCUGGCUGAGGCGUCCAUGCCAGGGUCUGUGGAGGAGAUCCCUUCAUGUCCUCCUCUGCCGUCCUUAGUCCAUCAGUACAGCUCUGAUGAAGAGAGAGCUAUGAGGGAGGCUGAAGAUUUGUACAGACAUCAUCGGGUCAAUCCAGCAGGACAGGUAUCUGGACCUCACCAUCUUCGGCCUGGCUGUCUCCCUCCUCACCUGGCAGGGCCCAAAAGCAUGUACAAACCCACGUCUGACAGCUGCUACAGCACUUUAGGCCUCCGGCACCACCCAUCUUCCUCCCCCCAGUACAGAGGUCAACCCCAACCCAGGGAGGAGCACAGCUCCAGCGGCCACCACAGAUCCAGGGGACAAUGGCAGAGGACUGAGGAGAGAGCCCCGGGGUACCCGGUCAUCCGCAGGGCACGCUCCUUCCACGCCCAGCAACCUAGUUGUGUUCAACCGGCAGAAACUGAAGUCCUACCCCCAGACAUCCUGUUCUAUGUCCAACAUCCAGCUGUCCAAGAAAAGGAGUGCCAGAGGCUAGUCCAGUCAGGUGUCCAACCCCUGCAGCCGUACUUUGAGAAUGGACGCGUUCAGUACCGCUACAGCUCCUAUUCAGACGCAGCGCCUCUAGAGGAGUCUUACUACUAUGUGGACCCUUACAGGACGAGCCGUAUCCGACACAGUCAGUCAUACACCAUGCGCUCUACUAGGGAUAGUGGACAUCCUGGCUACCACUAUCGCCCUUCAAACAACAUCCCACCUGCAAAAAGAGAACUCUUCUUGGAGAGUAGGGAUCUAGAGCGAGUCAUUUACGAGUCCUGGGACCACCCAGAAGGUUGUGACAGACUAGUCUAUCAUCCAAUCAGACAAGAGAAUAGAGCCAGGCAGAGAACCCAAGGCCCUAUCAUGUCUCCUUAUGAGAACCUGGAUCGUCCCCUCCCACAGAGUGACAUCAGGGGCAGAGAUAUCAGUCACACCAGAAGCAGGUCAGACCCAGGUAAUGCCUGCCUGCUGGCCAUCGACAGAGUGGACAGCCAACGUGAAGUACCUGCCAUGUCCCCAAUCUCCCCUGGCCAGCAGCUUUCAGACCCUAGUGAUUACAUCAGGCACCAGAGGGGUCAUUGGCCAGGUGAGGAACCAGUCCCUCCCAGGAGAGAGAGUGUCUCCAGGAGAACCCAGUCCAAGCAGGGCACCUCUCAACGACAUCAACCACAGCAUUGCAACGUCCCCAUGCUCCUAGAUGUUAAGAACGUGGAGCAGGGUGAGGGUGGUCCUAAUAGAGGUUGUGACCAGGACAAAGUAAUGAUGGGUAAUGCUGCUAAUAACUACUCUGCCCGAUUAAAACCAAGCAUCCCCAGGAGACAACGAUCACAGAGCAUCAAAGAGCCUCGAUACUACCACCAUGUCAAAUCACCUGUGGAACCAGAUCACCCUGGGCCCUUUUCCACCCAGCCCCACAGGAGAACUCAGAGCACGAAGGCCAUGCCCUCUCACUAUGAUAACCUGGAGGGGUACUACCCAGCUCCCAAGCCCAAACCCUCAGGGUCUAGUAAGGCCAUGCCAGGGCCGUUCCCUGGCCACGGCUGCAUGCCCCCACACAGCCACAGACUGCUGUCCCAGGCCCUAGGGGGCCACGGGGCCUUCCUGCAGUCAGGCCUCAAGCCGCAAGCUGGAGUCUACGCUGAGUGAUUCAGUCCUCUAAUCACACCAGAAGCUGAGGCCAGUUUGGCAUAGAUCGCCAACUCAACAGAUUAAUGUUGAUGUUUAAAAAAUGGAAAAAAUACAUACAGAUAUAAACCUUCAUAAACUGUUUUUAAGAAAAUGUUGAGUUGACACAAAUGGGUGGGGUCAUACUGUUGGUAACGUGUAGAUAGCAAAGAAAGAGGUACAUUAUUUUCUCAUUAAAUACAAUGGGACUGGUAACGGAGGUUUUGAAAGCUUGUUUUGUGCAAUGGUUUAUGAAGGUUUUUUUUAUCAUUUUUAUGCCCAAAGGUUAAUUAUAAUUUCAUGUCCAUGGGAUAAUAUUGUCCAACAAACAGAAAAUACCAUUUUAAAUAUCUGCCAAAUAUUGUUAAUCUUAUGAGCAAUAAUAUUCUAAGAUAUAAUGUCUUAUUUGGCCUACUGCCAACGUGAUAUUGUUUGCCUAGUUUAUUUAGAUCAUCCUAAAUAUGCACUUUUUAAGAAUUAUAGUAAAUGAGAACCAUGCGUAGAGCUCCUUGACCUUUAUGUUUUGCAAUUCCACUGAUUCUCCACUGAAGGUGUUUAGUAACAUUAGCACUUUUGGUGUUAUUUAGUUCAUACAAUAGUGGAAGACACAGAGGACAUUUCUUCAAAGGCUCUCACCUUCACAAAACACUCAGACAUGGAAAGAUUAAGGAGCAAGGAGGACUGUGACCACAGUUAGGGUCCAUCUGUCAUCUUACCAGAAUAAAUAACUUCCAAAUGUGUACAUGUGCUGCAAAUGUGAAAGUGUAUGUCAAUGCACUUCUCACAUUAACAGGAAGCUGUGAUGCUUCAUGAUAUUGUGAUGUAUUAUGAGAGGACAUACGUUUCUCUCUUUGUAGGGAUAUUUUAAUGGUAUGUCAUGUUUUAACUGUUGCUUUGUUCUUUUGUUAUAGUUUUGUAUUCAUUAAAUAUGUUAUUUCAAACCCAACCCUCUGUAAAUGAGGAGAUAUUGCUAAGACAUUUUAAUGUUGUUUUUUCAUUAGAAUAUAAAUAAAAAAUAAAUAAUAUCUAUAGCAUACUAU